AAUGAUUGUGGACCACCCCGCAGGCUCAAUGCAUUCCUUUGUGGCGGAUAGUAAGACACAGAAAGUGGAACUUGAGUACCAGGCUCAGGACAGGCCCCCUGCGUACAGCGACGCUGGCGGCAGCGUGAUUCAACGACGCCUGCAGCCCCCCUCUUUCCCCCCUCGUCAUGCCGGGCCCAGCUCUACGACAAUUGGGUCACGAUCUACAGCGACCACACGAGAGGAAUACAGCCCUCGAUCACCGCGAUUACCGCCGAAAGAUGACAAACUUCGAGGGCACAGUCCUCGACCUACGGUCGACCAGGUCCACAUCUUCGAGCGUAAAGAGGAUAUCAAAGGCACUUAUUUCGUUGACCCCACCAUACCUGCGCUAGACAAGAGCCAUCGGAAGAAGGGCAGAUCAAAGCAUGCCCCACCACACGCCUCCUUCCGGUCUCGCAGGGGUGAUGUCACUCUGGACCUCGCCACCACCGGAAAUGUCCAACAAGCGCCCAAGGCCAAUGUAAACGUAUCGGGCAUGUCAGGAGAAAUAAAGAUUAACCUGCUUCCGGUGUCACCAUCUAGUCCUCGGAUCGGAUUGGACGCUCAUUCGCGGACAGGGAAUGUAAUCCUCUUCCUACCGCAAGGAUUUUCCGGUGUGGUGCAUUUGUCAACACGAAGUGGCAAACUCGACAUCCUUCCGGGCCUUGCUGACGUCGUGAAAUUCGUAAAGAGAACGGAGAAGGAAAUAAUAUUUAUGAUUGACGACCACAGGAACAAGCUUGAUACCCGGGACAACUCACAAGAAGCGUCGUUCUGUCAACUUGAAUCUCGCUCCGGAAAGCUUGUGGUCGGCCUGAGUGGGUAUGAUCAUUACACGCCACAGAAAGGCUUUUGGAAGCGACUGGGAGGGUUCAUGCGCGGAGAUUCUGUUUG